AUGAACACAUUUACUUAUAGUUUACUUCUUUAUUCCCCCUCCUCCAAAUUUGUCAAUGAACACCCUAAUGGAUGGAUAACACUCCACGAGUUCAGAAAUAACCCACAUUUUUGUGGGUAUACAGUUGGAAUAUCCUCAGAAUAUACUGAUUUGUAUUUUGGACAAAUUGCUGAUAUAGGGAUGAAAGAUGAUUUUGUACUUGAGGUGGGUAGCCUGCGUUAUCUUCCUGUGAGAAGGAUUGGAAUCCCAGAAGAGAAGCAAAAAUGCUCCUUCAAGCUGCGAGACAAAAAUGGGGCUAUCACUCUGCUGGAAAUGGAAAUUAUGAAGGGCUGUAUAGGAGAGCUACUGAUUUCCCACAGUAAAACAAAUUUUAUUAACAACUGUUCUGUGCAGGCUGUGGACAAAAUGAGUUUAGCAGCCUGUUUUACAGAGUUAGACCUGCUGACAGCAGAACGACGCACCAAUGGGAUAUAUAUCAUACUGGACAAAGACACUCUGAUCAGCCUCUAGGAAUUUAUUGAGGGCCCUCUAGAGGACAACUGGAUCAGAGAAAGGCUGGAAUGUGAUCCAAAUACAGCUGAGAUCCAAAGACCUCAGAGCUGA